CACGAGGGCGUCGCGCGUUCACGCUUUCCCGUGUCACGAGCCUUAUCCGACCCGUGAGUGGAAGCUGGAGAAUUACAACGGACGUCAAUUAUAGAGGACAUAAAAUUUUAAACCAAGUUUAGUGCGCGAUAAAAAAGAAAGAGUGAAACCUCUCACUUUAUAUCGCUGGAUGACACGUGACACCUGUGAAUUAUUCUGGUCACCUGCUGAUGGACUCCAGUAUUUGAAUGAUAUUGCUAGCCAGCUAGGUAGCUAGCUGUUAAGCUAGCUUAACGGUUCGUGACUCGAAGUAACUUAACACUAUAUUAACGUACCAUAAUUUUAUGAACCCGUCUAACCGAAUUAAUCUUGGAGACAUUUAAAAUAGUUAACAUUUCUAAUUUCACCUAACUGUAGGUGUUAUGCUUCGCUUCUAGUCCUAGCUAGAUAAGGAUUGAAUGAAAUAACGUUAGCUUGCCGUAGCCAGCGGAAACGAGCCAGCUAAGCAGGAUAACGUCAACUUACCUUGCCAUCCAGUGAAUUUAGUUAGUGCUAUCUGAGCUAACCGGCCACGGACAUCAAGUGUCUAUAGUAACACAUCAGCCAGUCAAUCGGUCGUAAGUUGUAACGAGCGAGUGGAAGUGCGAAGCAGCUAGCUUCUCCUAAACGUCAAGUUGUCCAUCACCGCUCCAGCCCAGCGUGAACGGCUGACCAGCGUCCGCUCUGUUUUACGGAUAAGGCCGGAAUAAGGACAGAAACCUGCAAACAUGCCGGCUGUGUCCAAAGGAGAUGGAAUGCGGGGAUUAGCCGUUUUCAUUUCGGACAUUAGAAACUGUAAGAGCAAGGAGGCCGAGAUCAAACGGAUAAAUAAGGAGCUGGCCAACAUCCGCUCCAAGUUUAAAGGGGACAAGGCUCUGGAUGGAUACAGCAAGAAGAAGUACGUCUGCAAGCUUCUCUUCAUCUUCCUGCUUGGCCAUGACAUCGAUUUUGGACACAUGGAGGCAGUUAACCUGUUGAGCUCCAACAAGUACACAGAGAAACAGAUCGGAUACCUGUUUAUUUCAGUUCUGGUGAACAGCAACAGUGAACUGAUCCGUCUCAUCAACAAUGCCAUCAAGAACGAUCUGUCCAGCCGCAACCCCACUUUCAUGUGCCUGGCGCUUCACUGCAUCGCUAACGUGGGAAGCCGUGAGAUGGCGGAAGCCUUUGCCAGUGAGAUUCCUCGCAUCCUGGUUGCUGGUGAUACCAUGGAUAGUGUGAAACAGUCGGCUGCCCUGUGUCUGCUGCGGCUGUACAAGACUUCUCCUGACUUGGUGCUGAUGGGUGAAUGGACAUCACGUGUGGUUCACCUGCUCAAUGACCAACACAUGGGCGUGGUGACAGCAGCCAUCUCCCUCAUCACCUGUCUGAGCCAGAAGAAUCCAGAUGAGUUCAAGACCUGCGUUUCCCUGGCCGUUUCCAGGCUCAGCCGAAUCGUGUCGUCAGCCUCCACUGACCUGCAGGAUUACACCUACUACUUUGUGCCAGCACCAUGGCUGUCUUGCAAACUGCUGCGUUUGCUGCAGUGCUACCCUCCACCAGAAGAUGGCGCAGUCAAGGGCCGUCUGGUGGAGUGCUUAGAGACCAUUCUCAAUAAGGCCCAGGAGCCCCCGAAGUCCAAGAAGGUGCAGCAUUCCAACGCCAAGAAUGCCAUCUUGUUUGAGGCGAUUUCACUCAUCAUCCACUACGACAGUGAACCAAACCUCUUGGUGCGAGCCUGCAACCAGCUGGGCCAGUUCCUGCAGCACAGGGAAACCAACCUGCGCUACCUGGCUCUGGAAAGCAUGUGCACCCUGGCCAGCUCCGAGUUUUCCCACGAAGCCGUCAAGACGCACAUCGAGACGGUCAUCAACGCCCUGAAGACUGAGAGAGACGUGAGUGUCCGACAGCGAGCUGCCGAUCUGUUAUACGCCAUGUGUGACCGCAGCAACGCCAAGCAGAUAGUUGCUGAGAUGCUCAGUUACCUGGAGACGGCAGAUUACUCUAUCAGAGAGGAGAUGGUGCUGAAGGUGGCCAUCCUAGCAGAGAAGUAUGCAGUGGAUUACUCCUGGUAUGUGGACACCAUCCUCAACCUCAUCCGCAUUGCUGGGGACUACGUCAGCGAGGAGGUGUGGUACCGUGUCAUUCAGAUCGUCAUCAACCGCGACGACGUGCAAGGCUACGCCGCCAAGACUGUGUUUGAGGCCUUGCAAGCUCCUGCCUGCCACGAGAACAUGGUUAAGGUUGGAGGCUACAUUCUGGGGGAGUUUGGUAACCUGAUUGCAGGAGACCCACGGUCCAGCCCCCUGGUUCAGUUUAACCUGCUCCACUCUAAAUUCCACCUGUGCUCGGUGCCGACUCGGGCCCUGCUGCUGUCGGCCUACAUCAAGUUCAUCAACCUGUUUCCAGAGACCAAGGCCACAAUCCAAGAAGUGCUUCGCUGCGACAGCCAGAUCCGUAAUUCAGAUGUGGAGCUCCAACAGCGUGCUGUGGAGUAUCUCAAGCUCUCUUCCAUUGCUAGCACCGAUGUCCUGGCCACUGUCUUGGAGGAGAUGCCUCCUUUCCCAGAAAGAGAGUCAUCAAUUCUGGCCAAGCUGAAGAAGAAGAAGGGUCCAGGAGCUGUGUCUGUGACAGAGCUAGAGGACGGCAAACGGGAGGGCGGGGAGUUAAAUGGAGGGGCCGACCGAGGGCCAGAUACUUCAGUCAUGGCUGCUUCUAAUGCCUCCACUCCGUCUCCAUCAGCUGACCUGCUGGGGAUUCGUUCGGCCGCUCCGGUCAGCGCCGCUCCGGCCAGCGCUGGCAGCCUGUUGGUGGAUGUGUUCUCGGAGGCGGGGCCGGCUGCACCUUCUGCGGCUGUGAACGAUGAUGGCUUUCUGAGAGAUCUGGAACAACCCACAGAGACCUCUGACUCCUUAUUGGUGGAGGGUUCUGGUGACUCUGACUCUGCUCCUCCCUCUGAGGAUCCUGCUCCUCCUCUGUCUGAAGCAGACGAGCUUCUUAACAAGUUUGUGUGCAAGAACAACGGCGUUCUGUUUGAGAAUCAGCUGCUACAGAUCGGCAUCAAGUCAGAGUAUCGUCAGAAUUUGGGGAGAAUGUACUUGUUUUAUGGGAACAAGACGUCAGUGCAGUUUGCCAGUUUCACCACCACCGUGAGCUGUCCUGGAGAGCUUCAGUCUCAGCUCAAUGUUCAGAGCAAACCAGUGGAACCACUGGUGGAAGGUGGAGCCCAGAUCCAGCAGGUCCUCAACAUCGAGUGUCUCACUGACUUCUCAGAUGCUCCGCUGCUCAACAUCAAGUUCAGAUAUGGAGGAGCUCUGCAGAACCUGACCCUGAAGCUGCCCGUCACCAUCAACAAGUUCUUCCAGCCAACUGAAAUGUCCUCGCAGGACUUCUUCCAGCGCUGGAAGCAGCUCAGCCAGCCUCAGCAAGAAGCACAGAAGAUAUUCAAGGCCAACCAUGGCAUGGACACAGAAGUACUCAAGGCAAAGCUGCUGGGAUUAGGGAUGGCUCUGCUGGACAAUGUUGAUCCAAACCCAGAAAACUAUGUUUGUGCUGGAGUGAUUCAAACCAAGGGCCAGCAGGUUGGCUGUCUGCUCAGACUCGAGCCCAACGCACAAGCACAGAUGUACCGUCUGACUCUGCGCUGCAGCAAAGACUCUGUGUCCAGGCGUCUCUGUGAGCUGCUGGCCGAACAGUUCUAGAGGUUGUAGCUCUGUCGUGACCAGUGCUCCCACCAUCCCCACCAGCGACCGCUCCCUCGAGCUCUCCUGCCACACCUUUCCCUCCAGCAAAGAAUCUUUGAGUUUAAAAAGGAAAAAAGAAAAAAGUGUAACCUACAUAAGGGAAGAAGCAGCGGCUGCUUCAGCAGCAGCAGCAAUAUUAUCGUCAUUAUUCAUGUCCCAGCUUCUGAUUCCAGCUCAUCCUCUACUUGUUUAUUAACAUGAUGCUAUGAUCUUGUUUUUGUUGGUUUAUCUGUGUAGCUGGUGUGUGUGUGUGUCUGUGUGUGUGUGUUUCAUUCUGCUCCUUCCUGACUAUAGCAGUGUUGCUUUGGGUGUGUGUGUGAGUGUGCACGAGAGAUUUCAUACGUAGAACAUUCCUGGACAGUGAAAUGGGAGAAGCUGUUAGUUGCUCGUGCGCACACACACACACACACACACACACAGGGGCGCAAGUUAAAGGCCUCUGAUUCCCACUUAUUGGACGAGACCUGAGGGUUCCUCCAGCAUUCCCAAUGAAAAUGCACUUCCAGUGUGGGGAUGGUCUCCUUGCUGACCCCUCCCCCGUUACUCCCAUGAAGCCCUGCGAGCCCGUGUCAGUCUAACGAAGCUGUUUGUGUGUGUAAAUACGUGCCAGUGAAUCCUUGUUUCUGCAGACAUUCCUGUCAUGCGUGUUCAGAGCGCUAGCAACGACUUCAUCCAGGCUGCUCGGGUUAGAAGGAUGGCCCAGAACGGGCGCUAUGGCAACGGUGGCCACUGGGAUGAGUCCCUUAUCGUUCCAGGUGGGAACUGUUGUUGAUCAGAAGUCGGAGAGUUGAUCACUUCUUCUCCUAAAACGGAAAAACCAAACAUGGUUUUAUCCAGGCGAGAUUUUAAGUGCUUCUUAUCCACAAGAUACCACAGGGAGGACGUUCCUGCUUUAACCGUUGUUCGACGAGUCGGCGUUCCACCUCGGUCUGUAAGCGAGACGCGAUCAGGGAUGACUACAUCUGGAACGUGGAGGGCGUCGCUGCUAGUUCGGCUUGUUUAACCAGUCAGUCCCAACAUCAUAGAACAGAUUAAUGCCAUAAAUGGGUUUAUAUUUUACACUACCAACUCAGUCCACGCCGCACAACUCCUGAACGCUUCAGCUGACUCAUACAAGCACUGGUGAUGUGGAGGACAUGACGCCCAGAUGUCUGUCCACCUACAGGGACCCUGUAAAUAUACCUGUGUGAAUGUGGGCGUGGCUGGAAGCAGGUGAGGAACAAACAUUAUAAAUCAGGACGUUGAACUUUAUAGUGGAAAAUGUAGUCACUUUUGUGUGUGUUUACAUGAGUGUGUGUGUGUGUGUGUGUGUGUGUAUGUAUGCAGUAUCCACUAGCAUAUGAAACCUCAUGUAUCGAUGUUAACUGUCCAAUACCUGUGUUAGAAUUAAGAUUUACUCUGUAAUGAAAAAAUGUGAAAGUAAAACUAUGCCAUAUAUCC